GACAGCGGCGGGCGCGGCGCGAGCGCUGCUGCGCGAGGCAGGUCGGCGGCGCGGGCUCGGCGCUCGGCUCCCGGCUCCCGGCGCGGCGCGGCGCGGCCCGGCCCGGCAUGGCCUUCCUGGAGAAGCCGCCGGCGGGCAAGGUGCUGCUGGACGACACGGUGCCGCUGACAGCCGGGAUCGAGGCGAGCCAGAGCCUGCACUCGCACACGGAAUACAUAAUUCGUGUGCAGAGAGGGAUUUCCAUGGAAAACAGUUGGCAGAUUGUGAGAAGAUACAGUGACUUUGAUUUGCUUAAUAGUAGUUUACAGAUCUCGGCUCUAAGUCUACCUCUACCUCCCAAAAAGUUGAUUGGGAAUAUGGAUCGUGAAUUCAUCGCUGAAAGACAGAAGGGACUCGAGAACUAUCUCAACGUCAUCACUUCCAAUCACAUACUGUCCAAUUGUGAAUUGGUAAAGAAAUUUUUGGAUCCAAACAACUAUUCUGUAAACUAUACUGAAAUUGCCUUACAGCAUGUUUCGAUGUUCUUCCGGUCGGAGCCAAAGUGGGAGGUGGUAGAGCCACUAAAAGAUAUAGGCUGGAGAAUCCGUAAGAGGUAUUUUUUAAUGAAGAGUAAGAAUCAGCCAAAGGAGCGACUAAUGUUAAGUUGGGCUGACUUUGGCCCUGAUAAAUACUUGUCUGAUAAAGACUUCCAGUGCGCAGUGAAACUUCUUUCUUCUUGUUCUCAUCCCUACAUUUACAAAGUCACUUUUGCCACAGCCAAUGAAUCCUCAGCACUGGUAAUUAGACCAUUCAAUGAGAAGGGAACACUAAAGGACCUGAUCUAUAAGGCAAAACCCAAAGACCCAUUCCUGAAGAAGUACUGCAAUCCCAAAAAAAUUCAAGGUCUUGAACUUCAGCAAAUAAAAACAUUUGGGAGACAAAUACUAGAGGUAUUAAAAUUCUUGCAUGAGAGAGGAUUUCCUUAUGGGCAUCUACAUUCCUCCAAUGUGGUGUUGGACGGUGAUACAUGCAGGUUGCUGGAUCUAGAGAAUUCCUUGCUGGGACUCCCAUCCUUUUAUCGAUCAUAUUUUUCACAAUUUCGGAAAAUUAAUACUUUAGAAGGUGUUGAUGUACAUUGCUUUGGUCACUUACUGUAUGAAAUGACGUACGGGAGACCUCCAGAUUCAAUCCCAGUGGACGGCUUCCCUCCUGCUCCAUCGGCAUCAGUCGUGGCAGUGUUGGAAUCCAUACUCUCCUGUGAAGCCAUAAAGAAUGGUAUGCCAACUGUCUCCAAGAUCUUACAGAUGUCAUUAUUCAGUGAUAUUCUCCUAACGAAUUCCGAGAAACCACAGUUUAAGAUUCCCACUAAGUUAAAAGAAGCAUUGAAAACUGCCAAGGAGUGCAUAGAAAAGAGACUAACUGAAGAACAGAAAUUGAUUCACCAGCAUAGAAGACUGACAAGAGCUCAGUCUCACCAUGGCUCUGAGGAAGAGAAAAAGAAAAGAAAAAUCUUGGCACGAAAGAAGUCAAAGCUCUCUGCCUUCGAAAGCGGGGAAGAACGCUCGGCAAAAUACAGCAAUUCAAACAAUUCAGCAGGCUCUGGGGCCAGUUCCCCUCUGACAUCUCCAUCGUCCCCUACUCCAUCCUCUACAGCAGACAUCCUCUGGACCUUGCAUUAUUUCACAAACGUGCUUUGCUUUCUGGUGAUCCAGUCUGCGGGCUCUGGAGUGCUCUGUUUUGUGAUUCAGCCGCAUGUAAUAGCUUACAUCAUUUUGAACAUGAAUUAUCGGAGUGUCAACUAUGCCCCCGCCGCCACCACCAGCAGCUCCUCCACUCCCUCCUCCAAUGGAUGGGGCAGUGCAUCCUGACCCUUCGCCUGCUGCCAGUGCCAGCCGAGAAGCCUUACUUAGCUCCAUUCAAAACUUUCAGAAAGGAGCUUUGAAGAAAGCAGACACGUGUGACUACAGUGUUCCCAGGAUCAGCUGAAGUUAACUCUUGACAGCAGGAUCGGAUAUUUUUCCCUUGAACAAAUGUCCUAAGUUGAGGCAUGAUCAGCCACUUCAUGGUGGUCUAUUAUUUUGCAGCUGUUUGUUCAGAGCCAUUUCAGCUUUUUCUAGAGAAAUUUCUCCUUGUCCUUGAGUAGCAGCACUACGUUGUUUGAACUGCAUUGCCAUAUUGUGGUAACUCUUGACUUCAUUUAUUCCAGUUAACUAAAGUUCAUUUUAAGUGAUUUUUGGGGAGGGAGGGAGGUAAAGCCAUAUUUUUACCAUCUGAAAAUAAGAACAAAUAUGAGGAUACUGACUCAGUACAUCUGAUUCCAUCCUACCCCUUGUUUCAAACACACUUGAAAAUCUAAUGUUAGUCUGCCCUAUUUUCCUACAAUUCCUUGUAGUUGGCACAUUACAUUUUUGCUGCAUCAAAAACCAGCCAUUUACUUUAGAUAAUUUUUUUUAAAAAAAGCACUUAAUCCAAAGUGUAGUACACUGGUGAGGGAACUGUAGAUUUAACUCUGUCUCUAUGGCAUAUUCAACAGUGUAGCAUGAAUGCUUCUCAUGCUUAUAUGUAACUAAUGUUUAGGGUGGUCAUUCCAACAGUACAUGUAGCUGUUUCUAGUUACCACAUGUGCUGGGGAAACAAACAGCCUGUUAAUUCAGGCAAUAAAAUGGGAGUUAAUUGGCACUGAUUAUUCAACACAAGUUCUGGAUUGGGGAGUUUUCAACACAGGCAAAUUUUGCAUCCAUAUGAAAUUAAUCUUGUUCUUGGGGAAGUUGCAGAACACUUUGUUUUAAAAUGCUGACUGAAAAGAUCCUUUUAUUCUAUGAUUUGCUUAAAACCUUAAACAAAUUGCACUUUAAAGGAUUAUAGAUAAUCCAUUUUAAAUUCAAGUACACAUCAGUGUUUACUAUGCAGAGAAUGUCAUUGUGUAUAAAGUUUCAUGUAACCUGUGAUAUAUCAGUCAUAUUUUUAUUAAAAUAAAUGUCACUGGAAUUCCUCCAGUCAGAGAA